ACGAUCCAAAGUUCAAUACAAACAACACCUAUGAGCAUGGCUGAAAGGAGAGCAUCAUGGCACUGAAAACACUCUCCAGCAGGUUUCUGUUUAAACUUUUUGAACAUGGCGUCACUUCGUCAUGCAAACCGCUCAGAGGACGACCUGCAGCGGCCGCAGUGCUGGGACGGAGCUCCUUUAGGGGAUACUACAACACCAAGAAACCCAGGUACCCGGACCAGGGAGGCGCGGCCCACGUCCGGGUGGUGGACCUCCGCAGCGACACAGUGACGAGGCCAGGGGCGGCGAUGAGGACGGCCAUAGCUGAGGCCGUGGUCGGCGAUGACGUGAUGGGAGAGGACCCGACUGUCAACGAGUUACAGGAAGCUGCUGCUGACAUGUUCGGGAUGGAGGCCGCGCUGUUCGUUCCCACUGGAACCAUGAGUAAUCUCAUUGCAGUGAUGGUGCACUGCAGGGAGCGGGGAGAUGAGAUGAUUGUUGGUGAUCUAUCCCAUUUGCACAUUUAUGAACAAGGAGGGAGUGCACAGCUGGCUGGUGUCCACGCUACCACAGUGACCACCCUUCCUGAUGGAACAUUUGACUUGGAGCAGCUGGAAUCAAAGAUCCGCCACGGUUACCCUGACCCACAUUACCCCCGCUCCCGCCUCAUAUGUGUGGAAAACACCCAUAACAUACAGGGAGGACGUGUGCUACCACUGACCUUCCUACAGGAGGUCCGAGCUCUGGCAGAUAGAUAUGGUCUGUCUGUCCACAUGGAUGGAGCCAGAGUGAUGAACGCAGCCGUGGCACAGGGAGUGUCUCCAUCUACUAUCCUGCAGCACACAGACACUGUCAGUGUGUGCCUCUCCAAGGGUUUGGGUGCGCCAGUAGGAACUAUGCUGGCUGGACCCAAAGAUUUCAUAUCCCGUGCGCGCCGCUGCCGUAAAGCCCUGGGUGGAGGGAUGCGACAGGUUGGUGUUCUUGCAGCAGCUGGAAAACUGUCUUUACUUGAGAUGACAGGUAGACUUGAGGAGGAUCACCGCAAUGCAAAAACUUUUGCUCAAGCGUUACUCAACUGCGACCCUCCACUUUUUGAUGUCGACAUGGCUGCCGUGGAGACAAACAUCCUGCGUUUCCGUCUGCAGGAGCCAACUUUAAGCCCCUCUGAGUUCUGUGCUCGCAUGGGUCAGGUUGGCGAGGGAGAGGAGGCUGCGUUGGGACAGGGGGUAGUAGUUCUCAUGUACCCUCAUUAUGGAAAUUCAGUUCGGGCUGUGUGGCAUCUUGAUAUUUCUCCUGAAGACACACAGCUGGCCAUCCAGAAGAUGCAAUUUGUAGCUUCUCAGUUCUUAGAGGAAAAGCUCCGGGCCCAGUGAAGAUAGCUUCCAAGAUAUGCUGUCUAGUCAGUAGAACUGAUCACAGAAAAUGUACAUAAAUGUCUUGGAAGAGGGCCUAAUAGGACUCAGUCUGGACAACUUCUUGUCUUUUCAUUGCAAAAGCCUUUAUAUUAAUAAUGAUAACAACUGAUUUUUUUUAAAUUCUCAACAAAAUUAUAAUAAAUCUAUUGAACUGU